CUUCCAUAUUGUUCGCAACUGCUCAAUCCGCUUUCGCACUUGUUGUUUGCGAUUUUCCCGCGCCGUCACCGAUGUUGCGGCGAUGGGCUCUUCGGCAUCUGAUUAUGAGCCUGGAAUAGAAUCCCAACAAUCAUCUCCAGAGCCUCCAUCUAGGGUCAGCUCAAGAUACAGUUCUCAUGUCCCGGGUUCUCCACACAAGCGCCGUCGUAUCUCUCGUUCUCCCUCCGGUGAGCGUGUAUUAGCCAGGAGAUAUCAUCUCGAAGGUCUCUACAACGACGACUAUCGUGUUCUAUAUAAUGAAGUCGUCGCCUCUGCCACGAAUGGCAUGAACGAUGACCCUUUCCAACCUCCAGCACUUCAGAUUGGAGGCUCGAAUUGGACCGUUGCAGAGAAAACUGCAUUAUUUGCUGCAUUAACGAAACAUGGCCCCGAUGAUGUUGCCAGCAUUUCGCAUGCCAUUCGCACGAAGACAAUUGCGGAAGUGCAGGACCUUUUUUUGCUUCUACAGGAUGCAGCAGAAAAGCGAUCCACGAAUGAACUCACUCUUCUCGACAUCCCUGCUGCUAUUGAAGUCAGUGAUGAAUGCAUAGAACGCCUCGAUGUAGCUGGCGACACGCUCGCCUGGCUUCAAGAGAAGUUCGAAGCUAAACAAGAGCAAGACCGAUUUGGAAAGCACUGGCUCAUUACCCCCGAAAUAGCGGAUGACCUUGAGGCUGCCAUACGUCCUCCAGAGAAUUUGUUCUCCUCGCCACCACCAGGUAUCAGUGGCGACAAUUUGCUGGCCGACGCGGGACAACUUACUCUAGCCAGUAUCCCUGAGGCUGAUCUCAUCAACGCUUCUGUGAUGCUUGAAUUAUCUUCAGCAGUGUUCAUGAACAAUCCACCCGCAUCACAUUGGACAACCCUUAUUUCACCUCUGGCGGCCAAACCAUCCAUAUAUCGUACAGCCUUUGGUGACUUUCACAAUCUGGCUGUCUCCCUCACCAGGCGUCUCGUACAGGCAAGUAUAAUACAAGCUACAUCUCGACUGAGAGCACAGGGGUGGCGGAACACGAAAGGAAACAAGCCAUUCGUAAGGAGUAGGGACGUUCAUACUGCGGUCGACAUGCUCCGGUUACAACGCAAUAGCCGUGAGUUUUGGAGAGGUGCAGCGAGGCGAUGUAAGCUUCAAGUCCUGAAAGGGACGGGGAAAAGAGAGGAGAUUAUUGACUGGAACGAAGCCGAGGCGCGAUUGGAUGUAGGCGAUAGAGCAGCAUACUCGAUGUCUACCGACGUACACAACACUUCCGCUUCAGAGCCCGAUGAUUUCCAACAAAGGGCCGUACGGCAUGGGACUCCUCUUCCAACCCGUCUUCUCUCCGAUGCUGACGACGACGAUCUAUCGGAUAGGGAAUACGAAGACGAUGCUGCGAGCGAUGAAGCUUUGGAUAGCGAUGAGGCCUCGGACGCGUCGUCUCAGAUCAUCGACAUGCCAAAGAAUAAACCCCAGGGAAGUCCUGAAAGAGCUCUGGACACUGUCGCGCAAUUUGAUUCAGAAGCUAGCAGGCUAGAAGAGCUACGCCUAUGGCAGAUUAUAGGCGAGACCCCGAGAUCAAAAGCUCCAGCCCCUCUGUCACCAGAGGAUGAGAACGAGGAGGAUGAUGAAGGUGCCGCGUCGUUGACGGAUACUAAAUGGCGAGAGUCUUUCCAAUACCGUGCAGACUGGGAAGAAUUUCGCAAUCCUGUUUCGGCCAAUAGUUUCGAGGCCAAUCAGAAAACAUUACAUGCAGAUGAAAUUCUGCUGUCUAUCGAAGACUUCGCUGGUAAGAUGGCGAACGAGAAUGAAUUUGGGGCUGCACGAAGACACAAGAGAAGGAGAACGGCGGAAGCUGAUAUACCAAUCCUGGGUGCAGGAGCAUACGCUGCCAGAGCUUUUGAAGCAGACUAUAGUCGAAAUCCCACCAGCAGCGUUCAAAGCGAUUCCGAUGCAGACACGGAAAUGCUAAUUCACUGAACUGAGCAGGGCAACAAAUGAACAUCACAUAUAGCUUCGUGUUCUGUCUCACUUACAGCCUGGGGUAUCUUCUUGAAAUGUUUAUGCUGAACAGAAUAUCUUGCGAUUGAACAUUUACGGGAACAGUCUUAGGUGUUGCUAUCGCGAGGUCUCAUAUCAGCAAAUCUCGUACAACUGCUCGUUUGUGCUGUCUAGCGAACAAGGAAACGAUCUUUGGGUUCUCUAAAUUCCCGUUCCGCGCUCUCAGGGCUCAACGGCAUUGACAUCCAUGGAUCAGGGAUAAUUGGACCGAAUGAUCAUCCAUGACGAUAUCACAACCC